AAAAUGUUACUUGCAGAUUCUGAAUUAGCCUACACGCAUUUCAAACUCCUUUCGUUUUUAAACGUUGGGAGGCGCGGUGGCGCGCUCAGGUGCUCGGAAACGCGCAUCUGUACCUAGAAGAGCGAACGCACUCUCACAUUCACGCACGCGCCGCCUUAUCGGAGAUACCGGUUUUUUGGUUUUUGGUUUUUUUUUUUCCCGAGUUUCUUUACGUGCCUGUCGCGUGUUUUAGUAUGUCUCCACCAGUGUGAAGGAAAGCUGACCGUAGAAGAAGAGCGCCUCUGAGCAGCUGUAUAGAUUUCAAACAUGGAAGAAAUGACAAUAUGGGAGCAGUAUACCAUAACCCUGAACAAGGACUCCAAGCUAGGAUUUGGGAUUGCCAUCUCUGGAGGCCGCGAUAAGCUUGGAGCAUUGGCUGGAGAUGCAGCAGUGGUCGUCUCUGAUGUGGUCCGAGGAGGUCCAGCUGCCGGAAGGCUGCAGACUCGAGACCGGAUUGUCAUGGUAAAUGGGGUCUCCAUGGAAAAUGCAACGUCCACUUAUGCCAUCCAGCAUCUGAGGAGCUGUGGGAAAACUGCCAACAUUACUGUGAAAAGACCACGAACAGUCCAGAUCCCUUUGUCAACUUCCAGCCAAAAUUCUGUACACACAACCUCCCGAGCCUCGGCGAGAUCAGAGAAUGAUUCCUGGCACCACAGAUCCCCCAUGGAUGAUGAUGACAGUCCACCCACACAUAGACACUACAGGGAGCAGCAGCAGCAGCAGAAUUACAGAUCCAACAACUACCCCUCGGAGACGGGUUCUGGCAGCGAGGGAAGUUAUGUUUACCCCAGAAGGGAUGGUAACUCCUUUAACGGGCCACAACAUCGAAGUCGUACUCCCAGCAGUGACAGCAGGAGGAGCCGAGAGACGGAUUCUGUGGAUGGGCGAAGGUUCAGCUCCAACCAGAAUCAAAAUGAUGCAGCGCUUGCCCUCAUGUCUGAGUACAAGAGACUACCCAGCCACGGAGAACCAUAUAAACCAGCGCGUGUCGUCCUGGUGAAAAAACAACUGUCUGAUGAAUAUGGCCUGAAGUUGGGUAGCCAGAUCUUCAUCAAACACAUGACCCCUACUGGCCUGGCCAGUCAGGAGGGUUCUCUUCAGGAAGGGGACCUGGUACUCAAGAUAAAUGGAAUUGCGACAGAAAACAUGUCCCUGGCAGACACCAAGCGUCUGGUAGAGCGGUCUGAAGGCAAACUUACCAUGACAGUGGUGCGUGAUGGCGAACAGUUCCUUGUGAAUAUUCCUGAAGUAGAGGACAGCGAAGGGGAGAGCUCAGACCUUGAAGACAUUUCAGACAUUGAACACGAGGAGACUCCAUCUCCACCUAAAAGGUUGGGCAGCUUGGACAGCAGAAUACCAGACAGACCUGAAGAAGACCACAGAAGCAUCCCACCUGUACCAGAAGGAGAAGCUGACAAGGCAGUCCCCAUGGUGUAUGCCUCAAGGGAAGAAGAGCCCAUCUACUGCCUGCCUCCUGAUUCCAUUCCAAAUCUGCAGUCAAAAUCUCAGGAGGAUCUCAACAGUGGUUAUAGCUCGGACCUCAAGCAGAUUACCUUUUUAAAAGAAGAGAGUGUGGGACUGCGGUUGGUAGGGGGCAACGAUGUGGGCAUUUUUGUAGGAGGCGUCCAAGAUGGCAGCAUGGCUAGUAAACAGGGCAUCCAGGAGGGUGACCAAAUUCUGAAGGUAAAUGAAGAGGAUUUCACCCACCUCACACGAGAAGAAGCCGUCCUCUAUUUGCUCAACAUUCCAAGGGGAGAGCGAGUGAAGAUCUGUGCCCAGAGCAAACCUGACAUUUACAGAAAGAUGGUAACCUCUGCUGUUGGCGAUCACUUCUUCAUCCGCACACACUUUGAGCAUGACACAGAGAUUCCCAGCGAGCUGAGCUUUGUACGUGGUGAUGUCUUCAGAGUGCUGGACACCAUGCACCGUGGCAAACUGGGCUCCUGGCUGGUUGUACGCCUGGGGAGUGACCUUCAGGAUAUGGAGAAGGGCAUAAUCCCAAGCAAGAGUCGAGCGGAGCAGAUAGCCACAGUCGACAAGAUGCAGAAGGUGGGUAAUCCUGGUGCAUCUUCAGGACUGCGGGCUGAAUUUUGGAAACUACGAGGUCUGAGAGGAGCGAAGAAGAACCUCCGCAAGAGCCGAGAUGAUCUCACCCAGCUGACCAUUCAGAACAAAUAUCCACCAUAUGAGAAGGUUCAGCUUCGAGAAGCUUCUUUCAAGCGCCCCAUUGUGGUGCUCGGUCCACUGAGUGAUGUUGCCUUGCAAAUGCUGUCUACUGACCUGCCUCACCAGUUCCAAAUGGCACAGACAGUGCCCCGGGAUGCAGAAGGGAAGUCCUCUUCGGUGAUCAGGCUGGAGACGGUGAAGGAGAUACUAGCAGAAAACAAACACCCCCUACUGGACAUCACGCCAUCAGCAAUCGAGCGCCUCAACUACAUUCAGCUGCACCCCAUGGUGUUCUUCCUGGAGCCUCAGAGCAAACAAGAUGUGAAGACCAUGAGGCAGCGGCUGUGUCCAGAUUCCAAAAAGAGCUCCCGCCGGCUGUAUGCACAAGCUGUCAAGAUGAGAAAGUACUGUUCCCACCUCUUUUCUGCACGGAUCGCCCUGCAGCCCAACUCUAUCGCCUGGUAUGAGAUUUUGAAGGACAAAGUCAAGGACCUACAGUCUCGGCCUGUCUGGUUUUCAGAUGGCAAGAUGGAGAGUGAAGCAGAACAGGACCUGGACACGCUCGGCCGUGAUCGCUCCUCUGACUAUCUCAGCUGUGACAGCCGUGCCACCAGUGACUAUGAAGACAUGGAUGGAGAGGGAGGUGGCUACACAGACAAUGAACUGGAUGAUGCUUUUGAAGGAACAGCCCUGGCCCGCUCUUCUGAGCCCUUUGAGAGUCCACAGCCAAUGGAAUUCCAGCCUGCAUUUCCUCAAGGACAGGAGAGCUCAGGCCAAUACAGAAGGUUCGAUGACCAUCGAGAGUCAGACUGGAGGCAGCCACACUUCAGACAGAGUGGUAGUUCAGAAGAGAAGGAAGACGACAGGGACUAUGACUGGGGACCGGCCACUGAUCUCUAGCCAACUCUAUUUUUUUUUUUCCUUUUAUUUUUGUAUUUUUCUUCCGUGGUGCAUUUGUCGCUACCAGAUAAAGAGGACCACGUUAAUGGAGGAAGUACACUUUUUUUUUUUUUUUCUGUCCUAUGGAAACUGUACCGAGGUCACUUAUGGCGCAGCGGCCUGUCAGACCUGAAGCCGUUCUUUCUCCCUUCUGUUUGCGUGUAUGCGUGUCACCUCCCUGGAAGUUUUUAUUCUUCAACUGGGUGCCUUUCUCCAGUUUGAAACUGUAUUUACCGUGGGGGAAAAAUCUCCAUGCACCCAUAA